GAAACCAAAAUCCAAAAUGGCAGCCCCCAUGAUCAAAACAAAUGUGCUCUAAAUAAAGGUGCAAAUUACAUCCUUCCCUCCAAACUGCAAGUGAACCCAACGGGCCCAAGUGGUCAGUACAUAAAUAAUACGUCAGAAAAACCGCAAGAGGAGAGGAGUAACCUGAAAUCUGGUCAAAAAACCAAGGAUCUUUAUGAAGUUUUACCCAAGGACAGAUCCGAUGCAGUCACCCUACAAGAGAUACAAGUUGACAACUACUCUACAGUCUACACCAAUUUUGAGAGUGGUAACAAGCUAGACCAGGGUAAUUUGAGAGAGAAAACCCAGGAGCUAUUCCUCUACCAACACAUUGAUCAACCAACAAGAAUAGUGCAU